GUUCAAUACCUCGAUUAUUCCAAAUUUCACUUAAGCAACCCCCUUGAAUUAUAACGUUCGCUCAUUCUUGUUUCUCACUUCACAGUAGACUUGUGACAGAAAGUAGAGAGAGAUUGAGAGAUGGAGAAGAUCCAGCACAAGAUGGUUCCUGUAAACGGCCUAAACAUGCACGUAGCUGAACUGGGUCAAGGUCCUUUAGUCCUAUUCCUCCACGGCUUCCCUGAACUCUGGUACUCAUGGCGCCACCAGAUCCUCUACUUGGCCGCUCACGGCUACCGAGCGGUGGCUCCGGACCUCCGCGGCUACGGCGACACCACGGGUGCACCCAUUAACGAUCACACCAAGUUCACCACUCUCCACAUUGUGGGUGACAUCGUUGGACUCCUUGAUGCUGUUGCACCAAACGAAGACAAGGUGUUUGUUGUGGGUCAUGACUGGGGUGCAUUCAUUGCUUGGUACUUGUGCUUGUAUAGACCUGAUAAAGUCAAGGCACUGGUGAACUUGAGUAUUCCUUUUUUGCCGAGGAAUCCUUCGAUGAACAAUGUUGAUAAGCUUCGUGCUCUCUACGGAGAUGAUCACUACAUCUGCCGAUUUCAGGAACCUGGAGAUAUUGAAGCCGAGUUUUCCCAGAUUGGUGUUAAAAGACUUGUGAAGAAAUUUCUUACCUACCGCACUCCUGGUCCAUUUUAUUUCCCUAGAGGUAAAGGGUGGGUUGGUGAUUCACCUAAUACUCCAAUUGUUUUGCCAUCUUGGUUGUCAGAAGAAGAUGUUGAUUAUUAUGCCAGCAAAUUUGAGAAGAAUGGCUUCACUGGAGGAGUGAACUACUACCGAGCUUUUGAUAUAAACUGGGAACUCACUGCACCCUGGACUGGAGCUCAAGUGAAAGUACCAACUAAGUUUAUUGUGGGGGAGUUAGACUUGACCUAUCAUAUGACAGGCAUGAAGGAAUAUAUACACAACGGUAGGUUCCAGAAAGAUGUGCCAUUGUUGCAGGAAGCCAUAGUAAUCGAAGGAGCUGCCCACUUCAUCAAUCAAGAGAAGCCUGACGAGAUCAACAAGCACAUUUAUGACUUUAUCCAGAAGUUCUGAAUUUUCCCUCUCUUCAUAUCCGUUUCUUUGAGGUGAUUGUUACACAUGUAGCUGUAUUAUGAUCGACAACGAACUGUAACAAUUCUCAGCAAAUAAUGAGUGGCAUGAUGCCAUUGAUGAACAAGAAGUUACAAAGUUUUCCAAAAUUUACCCCGUACUCUUAUGCAUGUUGAAUAAAACUCUAUCUGUUGUUUGUUUGGUAUUUGAGAUAGAUUAUGUAUUUGUCAUAGCAUUUUGGAUUUCGUGUAACUGACC